AUGUCUUUCUCAAGCAACCGCCGGAACACGGAUAUGAUGAAGCUGAUGAUGGCUAAUUACAAAGUGGAGACGGAGAAUGACUCCAUGCACGAGUUCUUUGUGGAAUUUCACGGGCCUGAAAACACUCUUUAUCAAGGAGGUGUGUGGAAAAUAAGAGUGGAGUUACCUGAAACUUAUCCUUUUACCUCUCCUUCUAUUGGUUUUACCAACAAAAUUUACCAUCCUAAUGUUGACGAAAUAUCUGGGGCAGUUUGCUUAGAUGUUCUUAACCAGACUUGGAGUCCAAUAUGUGAUCUUGUUAUUGUGUUCGAAUCGUUUCUUCCUCAACUUCUUAUCUACCCCAAUGAAUUUGAUCCAUUGAAUAGGGAUGCCGCUGCCUUGAUGAUGCAAGACAGUGCUGCAUAUGAUCUAAAAGUCAAAGAAUACUGUGAAAGAUAUGCCAAGCCAGAAGAUAUUGGAGCUUCUGAGGAAGAUUCUAGUGAUGAAGAGCUGAGUGAAGAUGAUGAUUCUGCAUCGAAUGAUGACGGCGUUGCUGGCCAACCUGAUCCCUAA